AUGGAGACGAUUGCCGUUCAACAUCAACAUCUGGACCUAGAGAAGCAGGAGUCAGGGGAAAAAUUGAUUUGGCCGGAGACCCAAAGCACCAAGUCACCCAUCCAGCUAAAGGAAAGCAUUCUGUAUGGUGACCAAGAGGUUCCUGUGUGUACAUGUGGGAAGGCCACUUGUCUCAAAGUCGUAGCUGGAAUCGCAGGCAUAGCUGUGGCUAUAAUUCUCAUCAUUUUAGCAGUGCUGACAACCAAAUCCCACGUGACCAGUUCUCCUUCCCCUGCCGCCUCGUAUCCAGUCUCCUGUCCAGGCCCCUCCUGCCCAGACAGCUGGAUCGGAUACCGAGGAAAAUGCUACUAUUUCUCAGAGAUGGAAGGGAAUUGGACCUACAGCCAGAGCCAGUGCUCUGCACUCAAUUCCUCCCUGGCUGUGAUUGACAGUGAGCAGGACCUGAUUUUCAUGUUGCGCUUUAAAGUCAGAACGGAUCCGUGGAUCGGCCUCCGGAGGGAACCCGGUCAGGGGUGGAAAUGGCCCAACGGUUUGGAAUUCAACAACUUGUUUGUCAUUCGAGGGGAAUCGGACUGCACGUUCCUGAGCGAAGACACCGUCAGCUCUUCGAGAUGCUACAUUGAGCGAAACUGGAUCUGCAGCAAACCCGAUGCCUAUGCAAAGGGAACUGAUAUGAGGGGGGACUCGAGAGUCUGA